AUGUUUAAACCCAGAACAACAGGAGAGUGGUUAUUCUGCGGUGUUCUCAUAAUCCAGGCCGUAAUUGUCUUGAGCUUGGAAACAUUCACUCUUGUGCAAUGGUCAUCAUGGGUGCAUCCCAACAUAAUCCAGGUAACCAUUUCGUACAUCACGCCCCUCAACCUGGGCAUUCUCAUGUUUGCUUGUGUUUAUUUAACCGCCCUCGGUCUCGACGCAAUUUACCAUAAAAAUGAUGUACUUCUUUUGGCGAUUUGCGCGAGUAACACCUGCGGCCUGGUCUACUCGGCCAUGCAGUAUAGAAACAUUCGACAAACCAUCCAUCGUCUGCCUCUAUCAUUUGACGGUCUUAAUCAGCCGUUUGUGGAUUUAGAUCGGGAUAUUUGGCCCGCAGUAAAGCCGGCCCAGCUCGCGGCACCGAUAAUCAUCGGACUUUGUACACUCUUAUUAUGGCCUUUGGCAUAUCAGCUGCAUUGUCAGUUCGCGUGGGAGCUCUACAGAUCUAUCCAUGGGAACACGAAUAUGAAGCAGCGAUUUCGAGCCUACGAAAUUUACAUUGUUCUCCUCAAAGUCGAUUUCUACUUCAUCGUCGGCUUCAUUCUGCAGUACAACCUCAUCGAUGUCCAUUUUGACGAGCCUGAGUACUCUCUCACCAUGGCUCUUAUACCGGUCACCCUGAUUGUCAUGGUGUCAGGGAUAUACUUCGCUCGAUCGGAGCGGAUGAUUCCCAUGCUUUGUGUCACCGCCUGCUACCUCGGAAUGAUCGCCUAUCUUCUAAGCCGAAUCAUCAUCCUAUGUGGGAAUGGCCUUCGCGCAAGAACGGCUGGCAAGGAUAUGAUGAUACUGUUUGCUUCUGUUGCGCUGGCCCUCACAACUCUCACUAUUGUGUCUGUGAUCCGAUGCAUGCUAAACUUUGAUCGAGGGUUGAAACAUGUGCUGAAGCCGAAGGCUCUAUCACCUCGUGGAUCAUAUGUAUCGCAGCAUCUGUCGGAGCAUCCGCCUUCGCCUGUUCAUUCGGCACAUUCGAGGAUGUCAAUCGAUUAG